AUGGAUUAUUCCUACUUGAAUCAAGCGGCUGCGGCCGCAGCCGCUGGUUUCGAGGCUUCUAGCUGUGCUCUGGCUGCCAGUGAAAUGCAAUGUGGAUACGGGGACUUGAGUUCAUGCUCGCAAAUGAGCCAGGCCGCUUAUCGGUAUACAGCUGCGAGGGCUGCUGGUUAUCCGGGAAACGCGGGAACCACUAGUACUGGAAGCACCACGCCGCUGGGGGCCCAUCACACCACCCACUCUCAUGCCCACGCGCACCACGGGGCCCAUGCAACCCCCUGCUCGGUAAUGGCCGCCAGAUCUCAAGAGGUCCACCGACACGCUGCCUCGAUCUUCCCUUCGGCCAUUAAUCUGCAGAGUGGACUAGGAUAUAAGGCUUACUCAGGACACGAUGGGUUAGCGGAGAAGAGGAAACAACGUCGGAUACGAACAACUUUCACAUCGGCUCAGCUUAAAGAAUUGGAGCGUGCCUUCCAAGAGACACACUAUCCGGAUAUCUAUACUAGAGAAGAAAUCGCCAUGAAGAUCGACCUGACGGAAGCUAGAGUUCAAGUGUGGUUCCAAAAUCGACGUGCGAAAUUCCGGAAACAAGAAAGGCUGGCACAGCAGAAAUCCACCUCCCAGAGUGGCAUAGGCGUAGACAGUGGAGCUUCUAGCCCAGUAGGAGGCAACGUAAAAGCAGAAGGUCGUUCUCCGAGAAGCCCAGCGACACCACCAGGUAGCUCCAACAGCGUAAUGUCCACGAACGAAGUGAAACCGAUCCCGAACCCGAAUCUAGUGAACGUGAAGCAUAACAGCGAUACGUCUGCAGAAGGCAACUCGCCAAAUACACGAGGAAGCAACAGCGGUGGAGGAACAUGGGGCUCCUGUAGCCCCAGGCCCUUCUCGGCAGCACUACCGCCAUAUUUGUUGGACCCGCUGCCUCUGAAAACCGCGAAUCUCUACUAA